CCAGGAGGACCGGGCAUCCCACAAUGCAACGCGAGAUCGCCGUCUCUGUUCACUAUCAACACAUGGCUGGUGUGUUCACUACUUGCUAAUAUUUUUGUUGCUAUAAUUUUCCCUUUCUGUAAGCGUGUGCCCCUCCGCUACCAAAUGAAAGUUAAAGUCAUCGCAAGGAAUCCGGAUGAUUAUGUCCGGGAGACCAAACUGGAUAUUCAGCGCGUCCCCAGAAACUAUGACCCGUCCCUUCAUCCGUUUGAGGUGAGCAGGGAGUACACUCGAGCUCUGAACGCCACCAAGCUGGAGCGUGUGUUUGCCAAGCCUUUCGUGGCCUCGCUGGAUGGUCACAGAGAUGGGGUGAACUGUAUGGCCAAGCACGCAAAGAGCCUCUCCACCCUGCUGUCAGGCUCCUGUGAUGGGGAGCUGAAGGUGUGGAAUCUGUCCAAACACGAGUGCGUUCGGACGCUUCAGGCACAUGAAGGUUUUGUGCGGGGAAUGGUUGUGCGUUACUGUGGGACCUCUUUCUUUACGGUCGGUGACGACAAAACAAUCAAACAAUGGAAGAUGGAAUCACCAGGCUACGGAGAAGAAGAGGAGCCAAUUAACACCAUCCUGGGCAAAACUGUGUACACAGGUCUGGAUCAUCAUCAGAACGAUCCUGUAUUUGCAACGUGCGGCCAGCAGGUGGACAUCUGGGAUGAGCAGAGGAGCAGCCCGAUCCGCUCUUUCACCUGGGGUGUAGACAGCUUCAGCUCUGUGCACUUUAACCCUGUGGAGACUGAACUUCUUGCAAGCUGUGCCUCUGACAGGAGUAUAGUGCUCUACGACAUGAGGGAAUCUACACCACUUAAAAAGGUCAUCAUGACAAUGAGGAGCAACACGCUAAGCUGGAACCCCAUGGAAGCCUACUACUUCACAUGUGCAAAUGAGGACUACAACCUCUACACAUAUGACAUGAGGUACCUGGCCAAGCCCAUCAUGGUACACAUGGACCAUGUGUCUGCUGUGCUAGAUGUUGACUAUGCUCCCACGGGGAAGGAGUUUGUGUCUGCUAGCUUUGACAAGACCAUCCGAAUCUUCGCCAAGGACGGUGGACACAGCAGGGAGGUGUACCACACCAAACGCAUGCAACACGUCAUCUGUAUAAAGUGGUCUGCAGACAACAAGUACAUCCUGAGCGGCUCAGACGAGAUGAAUAUCCGACUGUGGAAAGCCAACGCAGCCGAGAAACUAGGAGUGCUGGCCCCCAGGGAGAGAGAGGCUGCCAACUACAGUCAGAAACUAAAAGAGAAGUUCCAGCACCACCCACAAAUCAGGCGCAUCGCUCGCCACCGACAUCUACCAAAGACCAUCUACCACCAGACCAAGGAGCUGAGGGUUAUGAAGGAGGCUCGUCGUAGAAAGGAGAAGAAUGUUCGCAAACACAGCAAACCAGGAAGCGUUCCCGUGGUGUCUGAGAAGGAGAAGCAUGUCGUCACUGUGGUGAAGUAGGCCAAAGCUGAAGGAGAGAAGAACUAGAGACUGAGAUUUCAUCUAUAUGGAUAUUUUUUCAGAUUUCUGAAGAAGAUUGAACUUGACUGUUGUGGAAAGGAAAAGGACACAGACUAUAAAAUGCAUUCAGACCAAGUAUACUUGGUUAGGUUUGGUUCUGUUUCACACUUUGCUUUGUGCAAGUUUGCGUUUCUCAACCCAGGAGCCACCUUGACAAUUAUAAAAAGUUAAGAUGCAUCAUGCUUGGAACCACUGAUGUUCAGCGUGAUGCAUGAUAAAUGGAUGCGUCAUUUUCUGUGAAUAAAAUGUAACAAAAUGUGUUAAUUUCAUUUUCAAACUACCAGAGAUGGCUUUCAUCACAAAGUCACAAAACAAAGAUAUUUACUCUGAAUUCUGUCCAUUUCCAUCCAAUGUAGCUCACAUAAUAUAGGUAACUACCUACCUUUGGAUGUUGUCUUCAAAAUGAAAUUGAUGGAUUUCCAUAAGUCUCAAAAAUUGCAACUGUAAAUUGAUCCCGUGAAUAUUUCUUUUAAAGCCUAAAUCAUAAAUAAGUGGUAGAUUUCUUUCCAUUUUUGGCUUUUAACUGGGCAGAUUAAAUCCUCGGGUUUAAUACAAAAUUCUUACAACCAAAAAAGUGCAAGGAAGUAUUUUUUUUCAUGUUUGGAAUUCCACAAAUCAGCUUCUGAGCUGUUCAAUGUAAUAUGCAAAUGGCUCCACACAGUUUUUUUUUUUGAUGUGUAUUUAUAAUAAUAAACGUCAUUAUUUGUACUUUG